ACCAUCAGGUGGCAGUACACAUCCAUUAAAGCUCCGGCAGACCCACAUAACAAGAUAAGUGAUAGUAAUAGUUGUUGACAUAACAACCCUCAUUUUAAUCACUACAACGUAUCAUUAAUGGUAAGUCAGUGAGAUAGAGCUGAUGUCACUGUGGGAAUAACAUUUCUGCUACUAUCGUAGGGGAUUUUUGCCUUAAGUUUCCUUAUGGUAAAUGUCACCAUUCUUUAAAACUUUCCCAGUGAAUGGAAAACAAUAGACGCCCAUGUGAAACACAUUUAGCAAAAACAUAAAAAAAAAACCCUAAGACUACAAUGGCAAUUUACUAUGUUCAUUUCCAUGUUGAAUCAUCCCUCAGACAGGGGCGAGAUGAGUGAAACCAUCAACAGUUUGUUUUAGUCUGGCCCUCCUUUUUGAAAAUAUACAAUCCAACCUCUAAAAAAAACCCAGACCUUGGAGGGUGCAUCACAUGGUCCUGCCCUGUUGGCUCUCCAUGACUUGAAAUUCACCAGUCUACUUUUAGACCAGCUUGUGCUUCAGUACUCUCUUCUGGCAGGCAUUCACCUUCUCAACCACCAGGUAAAUGUGGCGGUCAUCUGGCUAGACACUAGAUGCCAUGCAAGGCUUGUUGUCAGUCAUUCUUCACAGCCUCAGUCUCAGACAGGCCAGAAGAGUGUGAGUGAGCUAGUGCCUCUAAUAUCAGUAAUUCAGCACGUUCAGUUCCUGGCUUCCUGAUGUGGAUGGGAGGCAGGCAGCAGAACUCUGUUAAACAGCAGAUGUUUUACACUGUAGCCGUUACCCUCAUUUCCUGGGCGGAGAGCUCCUCGCUCUAUUAGACAAGUAACAGGAACCAGAAAAAGAGAGUGAGAGAAAGAGAGAGAGGGAGUGCAGAGGAAAAGUUAGCUGAGCUUAGAGCUCCCACAAAUCACUUUGUCACCAGCAAGCUCUGACAAGCACCAGAAAAGAGGGAGCGCAGAAGUAGAAAGGCAGAGGUGUGAAUAGGGAGUUGUGUCAGAGGAGACUCAAGAGGGGAGGUGUGAAGGAGCUGUGACGUGCAGAAACGAGGUGAUACCGAUGGAUGGAUAGAAAGUGGACACAGACGAGGCUGCAAUCUGAUUCCUAAAGCAGCGAGAGCUGAGUGGGACUGUUACAGUUGCUGUUGUUGUCAUUGCUGCUGCUGUGUCUGGAUGGUACGGUCAUUUAAAGGGAAGGUUUGUCAAGCUUGGUAAUUUAUAUUUUCUAACUGGAGGACAGCUGAUCAUUGGCAGACAGAGAGAUUUGAUAGCGUCCCACGCACUAACAUACUAUUGCAUUUGAGAAUGAGGACACAUUUAUAGAGGGACAGCUGCUCUGUCUGUGAAACAGGCAUGAGUUGGAGGUGUUGAAAGCAACUUCUGGUGAACUGCAGCUGUACACUGAUCACAUGCUGUUACUGCGAAAAAGAGGUAGUCAGAUUGGAGAGCGUUAACAAGUUUGUCACAUUUUUCUCUCUGUAGGGACAGUUUUUAUUAACUUGACUGUGUAUGUUUUUUGAAUAAGAUUUAAGAUUUUUUUUAACACUCUAUUUUACUUUGACUCCCUUCUCUGUGGACACUCGAUCAUCGCUUGGUUGACUCAAAGCCCCUGAGAGUUGUAUCUUGGCUGUAAAGGAAGUAAGAGGUCAUCUGAUCAAACUUCACUUACAGAGAAAAAGGAAGGUCGUAUAGGACAGAUCACUGCUGUCCUCUCUUUUACAGAGACAUUUACAAAGGUAUUAGAUCAUUAGAUUCAUGCUCAGAAUACCUCUUAAUCUCCUCUGUGAAGCCUUGUUUUAGUAAGUAAAUUCUGACAGUUGCUCUUCAUUUUGCUGUGUGUUAUACUGCUUCAUUCAGACCGUCUAGUGAGCUACAUGGCACUGUGCUGACACGUGGAGUAAGGAUUUGUUUUAGCUGUUCUGUAAGUACCAUACCUGCUAAGUUGAGUGUUUCCGUGCUGGUUGGUUGUUUUGGACUGACAGUGUUAAAUAGACUUGGAGGUGUUUACCUACAUGCUUGGAUGGACUCUGUUGGCAUUUGACAGCUCCACUCUGAACUCCUUCAGUGUCUGGGACGUCACAGUUACCUGUUUGGCUGAGUCAGAGGUUGGCUCGUCAUUCGAUGUCUGUCUGUUCUGCACUGGGAUUCUCUCCACCUGCUUCUAUGCAAACAAGUCACAGGCGCUAGGUGGUUUUCACAGCAGUGGCGCUGGUAGUCCUGGACUUUCAGGACUUCUCCACACUGCCUUAAUUGUUCUGCUGUGUGUAAACACCACCUUUCCACGGUGGAGUGAUUCACUGUUCCCUAAGCAUUGGGGGCAGCUAGUGAAAUAUAAAAAGCAAGGGAGGAUUUGCCAAAAAACACUCACAUAAUUUCUAACAGUGAGAUUGGUACCAUGAAGCUGGCACUGUUGAUGCUCAUGGUUGUGUACACGGUGGGCAAUGUAAGCAGCAUGUCUACAUGUCAGACAGUGGACCUUGAGAUGGUGAAGAAAAAACGCAUUGAGGCUAUUAGGAGCCAAAUCCUCAGCAAACUGCGUCUGGCAAAGGAGCCUGAGCCGGAUCAGGCGGGAGACAAGGAGGAGAUUCCCUCCGCUAUGCUCUCCCUCUACAACAGCUCCAAGGAGAUGCUGAAGGAGCAGCUGACAGAGGUCCAGACAGACAUCUCCACAGAACAGGAGGAAGAGGAGUACUUCUCCAAGGUGCUCCACAAGUUCAACAUGACCAGUAAAAAUGACAAAUAUGACAAGAACUCCAAAAGCAUCACAAUGUUCUUCAACAUCUCUAAGAUACGGCAAAGUGUCGGGGAUUACCGCCUGCUGACUAGUGCAGAGCUGCGGAUGCUUAUCACGAAAACUAACAUACAGCUAAAUUCUGAGCAGCGGGUGGAGCUGUACCGCGGUCUGGGGACCUCAGCCUACUACCUCGCUUCACGCUUCAUCAAUAACAAUCUAAAAGACAAGUGGUUAUCCUUCGAUGUCACUGAGACCCUGCAGACCUGGCUUAAAGGGACUGAGGACGAGCAGGGUUUCCAACUUCGGAUCUUCUGUGGAUGCAGCGGGACGGACCAAACUAUGGAGAGUGGCUUUAUGUUUUCCAUGUCUGGGAUCUCGAUUGGGAGGGGAGACUUACAAAAGGUAGCAGAGUUGAACCAGCAAGUGCCCUAUAUCCUGACCAUGUCCAUCCCUCAAAACGUCAGCACCCACCUCACCUCCUCCCGCAAAAAACGCUCCACAGACGGGAAGGACACAUGUACUGCCCAGACAGAGACCUGCUGCGUGCGAAACUUGUAUAUUGACUUCAGGAAAGAUCUGGGCUGGAAGUGGAUACACAGGCCGACGGGCUACUAUGCCAACUACUGCAUGGGCUCCUGCACCUACAUCUGGAACGCCGAAAACAAAUAUUCUCAGAUUUUGGCUCUGUAUAAGCAUCAUAACCCCGGAGCCUCUGCCCAGCCUUGCUGCGUUCCCCAGGCUCUGGAGCCACUGCCAAUCCUCUUCUACGUGGGCAGGCAACACAAGGUGGAACAGCUGUCCAAUAUGAUUGUGAAAUCUUGCAAGUGUAGCUAAAAAUACAGCAGCCCCUUCUCAAAGACAUGCAGAGAUGGAAGGAGACAUGUUUGAGACCACAGGCGCAAGGACGUAAAGGGGACGAGGAAAAUGAAAAGUCAUCUGGAUCAAUGUGGCCAAGCUUACUUCCAGUGAGCUCUGCCAUUUUCAUGCUGGAAGCACACCAAACCAUGGACUGUUUUACAUAGAUAUAGAUAAUAUUUUUUAAAUGUGGAUAUACUUUUUUUCUUCUUUGCAAAACUGUCUGUCUGGAAAUGAAUUAAUUUAUUUGUUGGUUGGACAGAUUUUGUGUGUUGUUUAAAUGUGUAUCAGUUUUGACGUGGAAAAAAAAAAGAAUUGGAUAAAAGAGGCCAAAGGACAUGUGGACCAAAAUGACCAGAGAAGAACAUGUGCUUUCACAUGUCUGAUGAUUGUGUCUGUUUGCUGCGUCAUCUUCCUGAAGAGGUCAUAGUUAAUGGUGCUAAAUCCCAGGUAUGGAAAACAGAGGUUGUUGGGGUUUUCCUGGACAAUAAAUGCAGCAGGUGUUUUUGGAGCGAGCUCCACCUUAAAAAAAAAAAAAAGGGACGACAGACGACCGCAGGGACAGUCCAACCUGGGGGAACUCCCCCUGACUGAAAGGCUGCUGCAUUCAGCCAAGUCGACCAAGUCCUUCAGUUUUACUUUGUUUUUUCAACUCACAUGAUUUUUUUCGUGUUCAUAACUGAAUGUCUGCUUAUCCUCAGGCUGUUAGAACCUUGACUAAUAUCGCUGGUUGUAAGAGUGAUGACACCGUGUUUUUGUUUUCCCUCUUGGAAUUUACAUCCAGUUUGUUGUCUUUAGAUGGUCACGGGUCGGAGAAUGUGGUUGUGGUGUUGGUUUUUAGGGAAGAGCCAUUCAAGACUUGAUACACGCACUCUGUUAUUUUUUUAUUUUUUAUUUUUUUUACUGUAGUAAAUUAAAUUCAUUGCCUUUUAUUUCAGGAUAAGAUCUCGCUUUCGUCUGUAGUGUGACGCCGUUUGCACAACUCAGUGUCCAAAUAAAUAUUUCUCUUCAGUUUACCGUCUUUUAUAGUGCACUUACCAUUUAAAAUUUGUAUCUGUAAAUAUUUUAAAAAAGUUGCAAUAAACAUUGAUGUUAAAUUA